UAAACUGAAUACUAACGGAAACUAUCGCUGGUCUUUUAACGAGCCGACUGUAGAACCAAAACUUAAUCAUCCGUCGAGUCGUCGAGGGCUUGUACCGUGUAACCCUGAAAACAAAAAUUGUUACCAGAACUGCAACCAGUGCUGCAAUCAAGCAUUUAUUUGAUAAUUCAACAUAGUAAGAUUUGUCGAAUAACCGAUGAAGAAUAUCUUUGUUGCAUUUUUACUCAUUGGCUGUGACAGUUUACUUCAUAUCACAAUUGAAGCUCGAAAAAUUAAAACUAACAUGGAGGAGCACGGAUACGAUGGUAUACUUUAUGUUGAUCCGAAAACUAAACUUUUAGUGCCAAAAUUAAACUAUCUUAGUGUAAAUGCUGCAGACGAAUUAACAUUAUCCGGUCCAUAUGCGGACCUGUACUGCAAAUUACUUACAAGCGGAUCUAUUUUCCAUCAACGAUACUGGACAAAUUACUGUGAGAAAAUAGAACGCGGCAGGAAGAUUGAUUUGUGCUGCUCAGGAUAUACGUGUACUGAUUAUGGUCUUUUAUCUGGCGUUCGCGGCUAUUGUAAGAGAAAUCGCAAUAAAAAAAAUUUGUAAAAACUGUAUAAAGCAACGAAGC